UUGACAUGACAGCGCAGAGCCGGGAGCAGAGCAGCAGGAUCAAGGGGCACCGACGUGCAGCCGGGCGUGUGGACUCGACAAGGAAUAGAGGAGCCUCCGGACGCACGGCGGAGAAGCAGCAGCAGCCCAGGGGAGGUCGGAUUGCAGUUUCUGGGGACGAGCGCCAAGGGCAGUGCGGCAGUCAGCAGGCAGACCGGGGGGAGGAGGCUGCGGAGAUCUGUGAUACUUCCCCCCCAGGCCCCACUGCGCGCUCACCCCCAUAUCAUCCUGAAAAUAUGACGGUGGACGCUUUUAUGUUUGAUCAAUGGUGACUGUAAAACUCCCCAUCACUUUCUGUCCUUUUUUUCCUCCCCAACCAAUCAGUGAUGAUGGGCAAUUAAAAGAUUAGAUCUGCUCUUCAGGCAAGGGUGGACCCCGGAGGGGACUGAUGUGCAUACUGGCCAGGUAUCAUUUGCUCCCUUCUUCUCUGGUUUUGCUCAUUUUGCUUGUCGCCUGCACUAUGGGCUGUAUUCAGAGCAUCGCAUGCAAGCCCCGCAUCAGACGGGAGAACAUUGUGGUGUACGAGGUGUCAGCCUCUAUUGACCAGUGUCCUACCAUCAUUGAGGAGAACUCACCAAUUGUGCUCCGUUACAAGACGCCUUACUUUAGGGCCUCAGCAGGUGUUGUGAUGCCACCAGUGCCCCGCAAUGAAACCUGGGUGGUGGGUUGGAUCCAGGCUUGUACCCAGAUGGAGUUCUACAACACCUAUGGUGAUAUUGGCAUGUCCAGCUGGGAGUUACCGGAGCUUCGAGAGGGUCGGGUCAAGGCCAUCAGCGACUCAGAUGGCGUCAGCUACCCCUGGUACGGCAACACCACCGAGACAGUCACACUGACCGGACCUACGUCCAAACCGUCCCGUCUGACGGUCAGCAUGAAUGACAACUUCUACCCCAGCGUGACCUGGGCAGUACCCAUCAGCAACAGCAACACACCAAUGCUGACCCACAUCACCAGGGACCAGAGCUUCAUCACCUGGCUGGUGGCCAUGAACUCCGUCACCAAGGAGCGCAUCGUGUUGCAGACGGUGCAGUGGCGGAUGCGGGUGGACAUUGCUGUGGACCCUGACAUGCCUCUGGGGUCUCGGGCCUCGUUGGUGGGUCGUCCCUACCAGGAGCAACCGCACAUCCUCAACUACCAAGAGCCCAUCCCUCCCAACGCGCUGGGGAGGCCGAAUGCCAACGACGCCCAAGUGCUAAUGUGGAGGCCACGGAGAGGGGCGCCACUAGUGGUCAUACCGCCAAAAUAAGAGGGUCAAAUGGUUGCACAGACACAAGUAUAAUUUUUCCCUCUUGCAGAAAAAGGGGAUAUGAAGGUGAUGAAGUCAAGAAGCCUAUCAGAGAAGAGAGAACCGAUGGUUUCCCUGCGCUCAAGAUGCCAGUGGCUCAUUAUCCCUGAAAGAUUUAAGUGGACCAGUAUAACAAGCCAGAGUGGAUAUUACAUCUGGGAUCUGACACAGCACGGUGUCAGAAUGGAAGUCUACAACAAACUAGUGUCAAGGGCCCGGGUUGCAUCAAGGCUUUUUUGGCCCACACCAUGUUUUGGACUGCGUUAAAGAGUUCUGCCUGCUUUUAGCGAAGAAGGAACGCUGUUUUUAGAUGUACCACAGAGGUAUUAGCCCACAACGAGAACUGCAUCCUGCAUCCUUAUGUAGAUCUUAUUGCAUGAGAGAGUGAGAGAGACACAAGAAAAAAACUGUCCUUAAGAAGUUUAAAGUUAGCAUUUUUUUUGUAUAACUUGAUACCUGAAGACAUUUUGAUUGAAAAGCCAGCCAAAAGAAUCCCUGCGGGCUGGUUAAACCUCGAUAGUGCCAACAAAGGCCUUCAGCACACUCAGUACCAGAGUUAAAGGAUGUAUUCAGAGAAUUUAAAAGAGACAAAGUAUUAUAUGAAUCUUUUUAAGUUAAGAUAAACUCAUGCAUCAAUCAGAUUGUAUUAAGAGCACCCACCUUGCAUAAAAGUCUGGAAGAAAAACUGUUGUAGUUUUCACUGGAGUUUUAAUAAUACACCAAAUUUUUUUUCUUUUAUUUUCAACUCCCUCGACCUCCGUCAUACAGCAGGUAUUUUAUUAAGAUGGGUGACAAACUAUUAGAGAAAGGAGUUGGAUCUGUUAACAGAUUAAAUAAAUAAUGUCAGCUAUGCUUUCAAUAAGUGUAAUGACUUGGAAA